GUUGUCCGGAUGUGCGGACUCCAAUCUCACGGCCACGCUCACAAUCAGUGAAACGUUGCCGCAGUCGGCUGCUUCGGUGUGUAAUAUCCGGGCGGCAGCAAUAUGGAAAUGGAAGCAAUCACAGCUUUUGAUGACGAGCCAAGUAUGCAGAGGAAUAGUGGCGGAGGCCUGUGUGCCUAUCUUCUCACAGGAAUUUCCAUUUUCUUCAUUAUCCUUACGUUCCCAAUCUCUCUCCCAAUGUGCAUUAAGAUAGUUCAGGAGUACGAGAGAGUUGUCAUAUUUCGACUGGGACGCCUGGUGAAAGGGGGAGCUCGUGGCCCAGGCUUGUUCUUCAUAAUUCCGUGUAUCGACACCUACAUGAAGGUUGACCUACGGACAAUGUCACACGAUGUUCCAGAGCAAGAGAUCUUAACCAAGGAUUCCGUGACAGUAACAGUCGACGCUGUGGUGUUCUAUCGUAUCCAGAAUGCAACAAUUGCAGUGACAAACGUGGAGAACUAUAGCCGUUCUACUCACCUCUUGGCUGCUACGAGCCUCAGAAAUGCUCUUGGCACUAGAAACUUGUCAGAGAUACUAUCCGAGCGAGAGGCCAUUGGUCACACUAUGCAAACCAACUUGGAUGAUGCCACAAGUGCCUGGGGAGUGAAAGUGGAGAGAGUCGAAAUGCAAGUUACUGCCUUAUUGUACCUUAUGUAUAGCAGAAACAUAUGCAAGGUCACACGUAAGCUCGUACUGUUUCAUGCACGGACUUAUAGCACCAAUAUUUCCAAUAGAAAGGAUGUAAGGCUCCCAGUGCAGAUGCAGAGAGUUAUGGCAGCAGAGGCUGAAGCUUCCAGAGAAGCAAGAGCGAAGGUGAUUGCAGCUGAAGGAGAGCAGCGUGCAGCCCGUCCACUCAAAGAAGCUGCUGAUGUGAUAUCCAUGUCCGGUCCAGCUUUACAGCUUCGCUACCUCCAAACACUGACAUCAAUCGCAGCAGAGAAAAACUCGACGAUUGUUUUUCCUCUGCCCUUGGAAUUCAUCAAGGGCUUCAGCAUUGGGGCCGGUCAAAGUAAGACCCUAUUGCACAGAGAAGACGUCUAGUCACAGCACAUGAAGGCCUCGGAAGAUGCUACAUGAAGUGCUGCCGCUAGUUUGUGCUAGUACCAAGUGAACUGGCUACCUUCACUUGGAUCACAGACAUAUCAUGACCUCAUGUACUUUCACAUAGUAGCCAGAGUUGUACGUAGCGCGUUACAAGUAAUUGGUUUACUUGUAAUCAAUUACUUUUUUUGGAAUUUUUGGAGUAAUCAGUUACAGUUUGGAACAAGUAAUUUUUCGAGUAAUCAGUUACAUUUUUGAACAAGUAACUUUAGGAGUAAUCAGUUAUAUUUUAGAACGAGUAAUUUUUCGAGUAAUCCGACCACAAUUUUGAGUAAUCAAUUACCGAGUAUCGAGUAAUCAAUUACCUUGAAGUAGAGCCUGACACAUAAUACCAAUGCUCUGCGACAAAUUUCUUGUGCCUUUGUUGGGCUACUCUAAUGUAGUAAGCGGAAGCCAUCGUAAUAGCGUUCUGGAAUUAUAUGGCCCCUCUUCCUCAUCUCCCCACUCAUCCUUUGCCACUGUGCUGUGUCACAGUACACUCUAAAAACUUGACCACAGAGCAUGCUCUGCGCCAACCAUGAAAGGGUUAUCGCUUCUGAUUCAAAAAGAGAGGGAGGCGUACGCCUUUUUGUGUCAAUUUGGAUGUAUGGUAAUUGAUACAAAAACGUUUACGCCUUCCUCUCUCCUCGAAUCAGAAGCGAUUACCCUAGCAUUCGUGGCAAUGGUUGGCGCAGUGCUUGCUGUGGGGUGAAGUUCUGUUUUGGAGUGUAGGUCGUGCUCCGGAAUUCUAGUGAGUCAUGUGCAAUUUCUUAGUGACGUACUAAUUGUCAGCCACCUUAGGUUUUCUAUUGUUGGGCCCUCAAAGGGUCAACAUCUUGACAGGGAAUAAACAUGGUAGCCGUACAGGCGGCUGCUUAUAUAGUUAGGCUGGUCUCUGUUAGGUGUGGUUCUUCUGCCUGCGUCUGUGAUUUUUCUGUGAAAUCUGUGUUUUGCACUUUUAUGGGACUGUCGCAAGUAGAUUAGCAGCACUCUUUAAAGUAAACCAGUGCAUCAUCGCGACCUCGUGUUACUUUCAUUCCUAACGAAGAUAUACGGAAAAGGCGAAUACUGUUGUCAGGCGGUUUAAACUCAUGAAUGACACGACUUGCUUUGUCACGACACGAAUGCUUUGCAGCUGGCUAGGGAAGAUACUGAAACUAAAAAUCAUAUUGCAACUCCAACAUGUAUAUUCGAUCAGUCAUGUCGCCUGUCAUAGUGACAAGUCGUAACAAUUAGUGUAUCGCUACGCUGUGUUUCAAAUAAGUGUGUUAUUAAUAGUUUCUCUCGUACGGCCUAUACGUACUCCUCGAAUUCUACGAAUAUAUUUGGGCUCACAAAGUAAAUCUGCCUCAGUAA